AUGUAUGCCUUCAAUAAUUAUUGUACCGUUUGCGACAAGCUGAUUCCAAAUUGUUCUCCUUCCAAAUUGUCCAGAACCAACUCUACUAGUAGUGAUAAAUCUACAGAUAGACUUUACUGUUCUCAUGAAUGUGAAAGGAAGGACAAAUUGCAUCUCGUUAACAGUACAAUUAUGACAUCCAAUGAAAAUAGUACCGACAUUGAUAACAAUGACAAUGAUGAUGGUAAUGAUAAGUCUAUAUCUGCAAUGCCUGAUCACGGUAUGACAUUGGAUCAAACAUUACACGUACACCCAGAUUAUUCGGUCGACGACUCUCUUGUAGUACCGGAUCAUUUACCUACGGUCCUGGCAAGCCCUGCUUCCUUUUCUCAUAGUCCAGGUAAUGACCAUGAUGAUUUCCCAUCGAUUACGAUUACUACAGUGACGGGAGAUAUUACUUCAAAAGCAACAUUGGAUGAAAGGGAACAACUUUUAGCGUCCCCAUUCUUAUUGCCUUUAAAUUCAAAUAAUGAAAAGAAUUCAUUGUUUGAAAUGAAUGAGCAUAUUGAUAACACUCUUACAUUAGGUGAAAGUUUAAUUCCACAUUAUUACAGCCUACCGCCUUUAAAUUCAUUCUAUAAUAUUCCUAAAACAUUAUUCGUCGGUACAAAUUCGAAGACAAGUCAAGAAAAUUGUUCAUUCGAUCAUACCGCUGAAGCCAAUUAUAAACUAUGGUUGUCAAAUAACAUUUCAUAG